AUGGCUAAGAAUGUCCAGCCUUUGGACUGGCAGUUACGGCUACUCCAACUAGGAGAACAACCAACCGCCUUCUCAAAGGAAAUUUUACAAGCCGCCCAGCCGGCUAAAGUGAAAAAUGUGUUAAUAGGCGCCUACGAUGGCACUGCUAACCCAGAGGAUCACCUUAUGACCUUCACCAAUCUAAUGUACCUUCAAGGAUUGGACGAUGCCACAUGGGGUAGGUGUAUUCCUGCCACUCUGAAGGGAGUCACCCAGCAGUGGUUCGGCAAUCUGCCGGCCGACUGUGUCAACAACUUCAGAACAUUGGCUUAUUUGUUUGCAUCAAACUUUUCCAUGAACAUACCUUCCAGGAAGACGACUCUUGAUCUAGGAGCCGUCCAGCAGGGAGAAAAGGAGGGAUUACGCUCCUACAUAAAGAGAUUCAAUCUGAUGAGGAUACAAAUACCAAACUUGCCGGAUGAAGUAGCCUAUACCGACUUCUUCAAGGGAUUGAAGGACGGGUCGAACUUCAAGUUCGAUUUUGUUAGAAAAAGAGUAGCUACUCUCCAAGAGGCAAUGAUGGAGGCCGAGACCUACAUACAUGCAGUCGACCUUUGUCACAUGGGAAAGCAAGGAGAUCAGAAACGGUCCGAGAAAAAGGAGAGUCGCUCACAGAAGGCGGCCCCCAAGGAAGAUAAGAAGAGAAAAGAUGUUUGGAUGGUCGACUCCACUAGUCAGCCGUCCAGUAAGAAGAGAAAAGAGUUCACUCCAUACUCCCCUAAGUAUGAGUUCAACAAAGAUAAUCAUACUAUUUUCAAAGAACUUAAGGGCCGACUCUCACUUGAGAAGCCGACACCUAUGAAGGGUGAUCCUAGCAAGCGCAACAAAGGCAAGCACUGCCAUUUUCAUGAUGACGUUGGGCAUGAGACCAACGAAUGCAUUAGCCUUAAGCGUCUGCUGGAUCAGUUGGCUGAAAAGGGUGAUCUGGACUCUUAUGUCAAGAAACCUAAAGGAAAACAGCCCCCCAAACAAAAUCAGUAG